GUGCCACUGCCGCUUCCCCGAGAUGUGGCCCCCGCCGCGCAUGGAGGAGCUGCCCGUCGUUGUCCUCCUGCUCCUCCUCCUGUCCUUACUGUUUGUCCCGCUGGUGCUCCUGCAUAGGAAGCGCCGCGGUCGGCGGACGCCUCCGUUCAGUCUCCUGGUGGUGGCCGGUUCUGGUGGGCACACAACAGAAAUCCUGAGGUUACUUAGCUGUUUGUCAGAGUCAUACUCUCCUAGACAUUAUGUUUUGGCAGACUCAGAUAAGAUGAGUGAAGCUAAAAUACGUUCUUUUGAACAAAAAAGGGCUGAAACAUUCUCCAAGUCCCAGUUCAGCCUUGAUCGCAUUCCCAGGAGCCGGGAGGUUAGACAGUCUUGGAUCUCCUCUGUGCUAACAACACUGUACUCCAUACUUUACUCUCUUCCUCUGACCUACAAACGGAAGCCAGAUUUGAUAUUGUGCAAUGGACCAGGAACAUGUGUUCCUGUCUGUUUAUCUGCUUUUCUUCUUGGCCUUCUACGAAUAAAGAGAACAAUCAUUGUGUAUGUAGAAAGCAUCUGCCGUGUGGAAACUUUAUCCCUGUCUGGAAAAAUUCUUUACUACUUUUCAGAUUAUUUCAUUGUUCAGUGGCCUGAUCUAAAGAAAAGAUAUCCCAAGUCAGUAUAUCUUGGUCGAAUAGUGUAACAACAGAAGAUAAGCUAAGCUUCACCUGAAAGAGGUAAAGCUGCAAGCUUCUCACUUGCAUUCCUGUAGUUAUUUAUUUCCAAGAAUUCCUGUUAAGAAAUUGGGCUGGUACUUAAAAAUGAGCCAAUAAAGAUUUCUCUACAUUUAUGUAAAAUUUUUGUGUAUUUGUAUUUAUUACAAUCAUGUAGGUCUGUUUGCCAGUAACUCACAGUGGCUCAAAGUCUAUGCUGCCUCUGUUUUCAUCUAGCUUUCCUGCUAUGUGAAUUGUAUUUUUUUGUCUACAAAUA